CUAUGGAGAGCCCCAUGGACCUCUGUUUUUCUGAAGAAGGAUGUAGCAGCAGCAUAGUUCUUGAAAAACAGGUUUUUAGAUCCAAAGUGCCAGAAUCACAUGUUCAGCUUGCUUGUAACCUCCAUUAUUGUGCUUUUCCUUUGAAUGGGAAUGAACUUUGCAUUUUGAAUACGACUGAUGAUCCUAACCACCAGCCAUUACACUUAAUAGGUCAUCACCAUUCAAUUACUGCACUGACAUUUGGGAACAAAGUAAAUCCGCUCUUCAUCUGCUCUGCUUCACGUGAUUAUGUGAUAGUGUGGAAUCUGGAUGAAUGCAUGAAGAAGGUGCUACAAGGGUUAAUGCCACAAGGCAUUGUGAUAGGAACACUUUUGGGAAUGGUGCUUUAUGUCCGAUUUAGUCCAGAUGAUCAGACUGUGGCAGUAUGUGCUGGCAAUCGGAUAUAUAUGCUAAAUGCAAAGGAUGAGGCUAUACUUGCUGAAUUGGAGGGCCAUCUUGCUCCAGUGACUGCUGCUGAGUUUUGUACUUGGGAGAAAAAUAUACUUAUAUCGGUUUCUGAAGAUAGAAGUUUUAAGGUAUGGGACUAUUGUACUGGACUGUUAAUAUAUCAAUCAGCAGUAAUAACAGCAUUUCCUCUUCUAAGUCUCUACAUUGAUGAAGAGAACAAACAGAUUAUCACUGGAUGUGCAGAUGGACAGUUGUGGAUCUUCAGCUUGAUUAGCGGGCAUCAGUAUCGCUGUGUGGUACAUAUCAACGUAAAGAAAGAAAGAGAGAAGUUUUGCAACAAAAUUAGGAAAUCUGAACAUUUGGAUGAGAUUCAGAAUACUCCUAAGAUGUAUACUCCAAAUGAUUUAAGAGAAGAAGAAACAGUUGAAACCACUUUUCCAGUUCUCAGAAUUGCACACUGUGAUAAGUCUACAAAUUUAGGUGAUGAAGAACACAACUUUCCUGCUGUGAAUGCCCGAUGCUUGUGGAUAGGAAGUUCUACUGGUUUAUUCAUAAUCAAUAUGGCCAAUUUCAACUUGGAAGCUGUUUUACAUUAUAGAGAUUUCAGCGCCCUCAGCGUUCAGUUUGCUGGAUCGUGCGCUUUAAUGAGGAGGGCAGUCAAUGGUAAGGUUUUCUGUUUGCUAACUUCAAUGUUUGAGAACAGAAUUGCCUUACUGGAGAUUAAUGUUACUGCCCUGUUGAGAUCCCAGCAGAGUGAGUUCCUUGUAAGUGGAAGGGAGAAAGCCCUUUCAGUUGUUGCCAGGUGCUCUCUUCUGCCAAACUCUCCCUUGUGCCCAAAGAAGGAAAAAAGCAAACUUGGAAAUAAAAAAGGUGUAAGGAACCCAGUAAAAGACCAGCCACUGGUUUUCCAUAACAAAAUUAAGUCAUCGGGUUAUACAUCAGAACCACAAAUGACCAUGUUUUCUCCAAACACUAAAGGAAAGCAAAACAGUUUGACAUUGAAGUGCAAGAGAAGUUGCAAACGAAGAAAUAAAGAAGAAUAUCCACUUGCAGAAUCUCCUCCAACAAAAUCUGAGAGACUGAUUACUGUAGCUGGUAAAUCAACUUCAGUAUGUUGUAUUCAGUAUUCAGGGGAUGGAGAAUUAUUGGCUUGUGGCUUAGCUGACAAAACUUUGCUGGCGUUUAAUUCCAACCUUACAGGAACACCAACUGUUUAUUCAGGGCAUGAUGGUGCUAUUAAUUCAGUUGGUUGGAGCCAUGACAACAAUUGGCUUGUUUCAUCUUCUGAAGACAGAACAUUAAGGAUCUGGUCAGUCAGCAGUGCAGAACCUGCUUUAUGUCUGGGAAAAGAAAUGUUUCAUAAGUCCAUCCGAUCAGCCCAGUUUUAUUAUAUCGAUACAUUUAUUUUAUUAUCUUGUGGAGCAGAGUUUUACUUGUUAAGAUAUUAUCUUGACACCAGCAAAGAUGAAGUGAAACGAUACAGAACAAAGAGCAUUUGCAAAUCAAUACAGAAAUUUCCCAUGGCCUCGACAGUGGAAAUUACCAGCCUUUCAGCAGUAAAUGAUUUCUACUCUUAUAUUGUACUGGCAGCUGGUAGCAACCGAGCACUUGAAGUAUUUGACCUCAAUGUGGGUUGUAGUGCAGCAGUGAUAACAGAUGUUCAUUCGAGAUCCGUUCACCAGAUUUGUCAAAAUAAGGGAUCAGCCUUUAGCUGUCAGCAAUAUGAAGCUUACAAUCUUUUCUUAACAACAGCUAUUGGUGAUGGCAUCAAGCUCUGGGAUUUGAGAACACUGAGGUGUGAGCGUCGUUUUGAAGGCCAUAGUAGCCGCUGCCACCCUUGUGGAAUUGCUGUUUCACCUUGUGGACAAUUCAUUGCCUGUGGAUCGGAAGAUAAAUGUGCUUAUAUAUAUGAGAAGCAUUCAAGCACGUAUUCCCAUAAGUUGACAGGACACACAGAAUCUGUAAUUAACGUGGCUUUCAACCCUUCAUCUCCCCAGCUCACCACAGCCACCUUGGAUGGCAAGCUGCAGUUGUUCUUACCCUGAUGACAAUCAGCCUUGACACUCUUGGCCAUGCUACUUUCACAAUAAAGCUUCCUGAAAGAAAGGAGAAGAUUGGUAAAUGGGCAGGCUACAGCAUGUUUCUGUUAAAUAUAGUCUUCCAUAUUAUUUCUACUUUCUAUAAACUGUAUAAAACUCACUGGGAUUUGCUUAAAGGCUUAUUGCUGGAAAGCUAGCAGAAAGUCAUUUAGUAUUAGAGUACGGAGUCUUUUCUGCCUCCGCUCCCAGCAGGGCACAAUAGCAUACUAGUUAACUUCACAAGUGCUGCUAAGUAAGUAGAGGUUUAUCUUUUUGUUGGACUGCAUCUCAUUCUCUCUAUUCCUAGCUACCAUAGUACAGUUUGUAAUUUGUUAGAGACUAU